GCCAGCCCCAGGUGCGAGCAUCCCCGCAGCCCCCCAGCCUCCUGCUGCAGAACGGUGCUGGCGGUCCAGGCGGUGCCAACGGGGAGGCGGGGAACGGGGUGUUCCGCCCAGUCCCCAGCGCUCAGAAGCCCCACCGAAAGCUGCAGUCGCACCACUCCAUCAACAGCCAGAACAGCAAGAAGAGCAAGGGCAGCUCCAAGUCAGCCUCCUCCCACAUCCCUAUUGAGGCACAAGAAGACUGCUGUGUCCACUGCAUCCUCUCCUGCCUCUUCUGCGAGUUCCUGACCCUCUGCAACAUCGUGCUGGACUGUGCCACCUGCGGCUCCUGCACCUCCGAGGAUUCCUGCAUCUGCUGCUGCUGCUGCAACUCGGGCGAGUGCGCGGACUGCGACCUGCCCUGCGACAUGGACUGCGGCAUCAUCGACGCCUGCUGCGAGUCGGCCGAUUGCCUGGAGAUCUGCAUGGAGUGCUGCGGGCUCUGCUUCUCCUCCUGA